UCGGACCUGUGCUUGUCCGAUGUUGUGUGGGGUUGAAAUGCUGAACUAUCUAUAAAGGUCUUACGUAAUUUUUUUACAUAAAGCUCUUUGUACUGUAAUAAUUCGGAAAGUUUCUGUGUCCGACUCUCUUAGAUCGUUUUUGGCGAAUGAAACUUUUUUGUGAUAAGAUGAGACUUCGCAGUGGAACAAUGUGACGUAGUUUUGAAGUGAAGUGUCUUGGAACGAAAUGGCCGAAAGGAGAAUGGGAAUUAGGGAAUGAGAAAUGAUGAAUGGGGAAUUAGGGAUGGAAAAGGAAAUCGAGAAUGGAAAACCAGGAACGGAAAAUGGGCACAGCGGAUAGGGAACGGAAAAAGUAGAACCGGAAAAUAAGGAUCGGAAAAUAGAAAACGGAAAGUAGGGAACUGGGAAUGGGAAAAAUCCGCAUUAAGUAACAUCUCCUUAGUUGUGGUUCUUCAGAAAUGUCAGAUAAGACUUCAUUUCUGGCAAAGUCGCAUAUAAUUCCAACAGUAGUUUCUAGACUUCUAUUUUGGGCGUAGUUAACUCUUGCUCACGGACGUAUCCCCAAAGUCGUUAUCCACGACUCGAUAGUGGUGGAGAAGUGAAAAAACGGGGGAGGUUUGGGUCGGGUCUCGACCCAAACCUCUGUCGCUAUCACUCCUCCGUUACCAUCGCACCAUUUAUAAAAUCGCUCCCUUUCACCGACCAAGCGCCUGCAACAGCUGUUAACAGGCUGAUAGAUGACAUCAUUUCCUCAUCUUAACUUAAAUGUUAGUUUUUAACCUCAAAAUGCGGAUCUUACGAUAUGAUAAUCAGACACCCGGUCGAAUUUAAAUUUAACCGUACAUUAAGGAUAGAGGGAACAAAGUAUUCUAUACAGCCUCCACUGUCUGAGCAACAUCGAUACACUAUUAAACCUCACCGGAUGAAUAGAAUGUCUCGUCACCUGAACGUUACCGAGCAGGCCAACUUGACAAACCUGAAGAUGAUGGACGACUCAGGAAAACCUCAAUGGUUUACUGUCCUGGGCUGGCUUCUGACUGCCCUCGCUUUCACAGGCAAUAUCUUCAUCAUCAUUUUAAUUGCUUCGAAAACACGCCUUCAGCGCAUUACCAAUUGGUUUCUUUUGUCUUUGUCCGUGGCAGAUCUUGGAGUAAGCUUGAGUUUGUAUCCUGGUUUAUACUUCUGUUUACCUAACGUUGAGAACGGGUGCCAUCACAUUUUGCUUGCCAUCUUUCAGUGGGUAUUCUUGUACGCAUCUGUGACCAAUCUAUGCGUGUUGACAUUGGACCGCUACAUGGCGAUAGUCAAACCCUUUGUUUAUGUCAGUUUCAUGUCAAAAAACUGUGUUUUGGCGUUCAUCAGCAUGGCCUGGAUUCUACCGUUCGUGGCCGGUUUUGUACCUUUAACUCUUAUACAAACGAAAGACGGUAUAAGGUACUUCACCUUUGUAGCGGCGAUCGUUUUUGAGCUCAUUCCCUGGGUAAGCUUGCUGCUAACCACGAUACAGUUGCUUUUUAUCGCCAGAAAACAUGUCCGCGAGCGGUCUGCAGUUGUGAAACAGCUACGCUACAAUGACUCCACUACAACAGGAACUGAAAACACGCCGCCCUUGCGCCAAGGAAACAGGGCUCGAAACUCCAUCGCUUUCAUCGUUUUUGUGGUAACAUUUUACAUUCUCUGUUACUCCCUAACUGCUGUUAAGAGCGUGUGCAAUUUUUUGCCGUUUUGUCCAACUGCUUCAGAGAACGUGGAACAGGCGCAACAAUUACUGCUGAUUGCAAACUCUGCGUUCAACCCCCUCGUUUAUGGAUUACUCAAACAGGACAUUAAGCGGGAAAUAAGCAAGCUUGCACACUGUGGUUGCUUCAAAAGACAGCUCUCUUCAUUUCAAAUGGAACAGAGAUGCUGAUAACUUCAGAAAUACACUGCACAGGCGCAAGAAGAUCUGAAAUUUUCCAAGAAACAAAUCGAAGGGCUUCCUUCUUCAUUUCAACCUCGCCCGAACAUUUCAAAACCUUUCGAACAAAAGAAAAGGAACUCAAAAUGACGGAACCAUACGGAACUCAAUGUAAAGAACAGAUCAGUCUAAAAAAAUUAAUGAUUUAUUUAUUCUGGUCUAUUUCCCUUUAUUUAUGUAAGUAAUUAUUGUACAGUGGUAAAACUGUCGCCAAUCUUUGAUAAUAACGAAAAAAUAUAUGUAACUGAUUUCAAUCGAUUUUUCCAUCGUAAUUGUAAAUGUUGUAAUAUUGUAGAAGUAUAUUAUAGAAUAUUUAAAUAAUCUUUGAAUACUUAACCUUGUUUGAAAACAUAUCAGUGAAGCCUUUUAGUUUUAACUAGAUUUGUCACUCAAGCAGCUUUCCUUAUUUCAUGGUUGGGAAUA